CCCUGAUUUGUUCAGCUGUGUCGCUUGAUGAUGACGUAGGAGCCGACUUCCCCAGUACAGCUCUGAGCUGUUAAAGCUAAAGAUAAGAUUUACUCCACAAAACACACCGUCCUGUUGGGGGGGGGCACACACGGUGAAGCUGCAGGUCUGCAGGGAUGCACAGCUCCGUGCGUGAAAUCCACACCUCAUCGGAGCCUGACUCCUCCUACUUCCUGCGGGUGGACUGGAGGGGGCGGGGCUUAGGUUCAGGCUUCCAGUUGCUGCUGACUGAUGGACAGCAUGCUUGGAGAGGAGACGUGAGUGAGGCGGCAGUGUGCGGCGAGGCAGAGGAGCUGGAGAUGGAGACGGAGAGGUACAUCAGGGACCUCCAGCAGGCGCUGACCGAGGCCGAAAACUCCACCACUUACAGCUUCACCCUGACGCCGUCUCCACCCGACCACAGCUCCACUGUCACGCUGGCAUAUGAGAAGGUUCAGAAGGACAUCUCUUUCAGGUUGGGUUCUGCUUUGCUGAAUGUCGUCCCGGAGCCGGCGGAGGCCGUGAGAGAGUUACUGAUCCACAGUCUGCAGAGGGGAAAUACACUGGAGCACCACAACCAGAAACUAGAGGAGGAGAACCAAAGACUGAAAGGAGAACAGCAACGCAUCACAGCAGAACUGAAGCGCUAUGCUGGUGGUAAAGAAGCCCUGGAGGCAGAGCUGUACUCUCGGUUUGUCCUGGUCCUGAAUGAAAAGAAAGCCAAGAUCCGCAGUCUACAGGAAACUGUCACACACCUGCAGGAAACCAGGAGUUCUGAGGGACAGAAGAAGGUGGAUUCAGUGAAAUCAGACCGAACGGCGGGUCAGGAGGAGGAUGAAUAUGGCGGCAGUACUGACGAGGAGCCAGAGGAGGUGCAGCCGACUCCAGCCUCCACCUUAUCGACCCGGGAAUCCUCUACUGCGAGCCCAUUGGACGACAGCCUGAAGGACAUCACAGAUGUGGCCCCCUGUCGCAAGCGGCGCUUUCGUCACCUCGGGGCCCCCGACCUUGCGGUUAAAAGACCAAACCCACAGAGCUCCCAGAGAAAGAGGACCGACCCCCCUGCAGGAUCCAGUAAGCAGCAGACUCCCCAGCGCUCUACAGAUGCUGCGGCAGCAAGUUCAGCAGUAGAGGACCUAUUCGAGGACUUUUGACCCUUCACUUCCAGACUGGUUCCACUGGCCUGAACAGAGGCAGACCUGAGUACCGCACUGAUUAAUGUUGGCAAAGGUGUCGGAUUUUUAUACUGAAUUUCUGUAUUAAGGAUUAUGGAUCGCAGUGAAAUUAUUUUAAGGAGCUGUUCCUGUAACAACAUACAGAUGGGUGACAAAUGAAGGGUUUGUGUAGUUCCACCACGAGCCUCCAGAACUUUUGUAAUGUGCUUCAUGAACUGGUCAUUGGGAUUUUCACAUAUUUACAAACUUGUCAUUUUAAUAUUUGUACCAAUAAACAAUGUAAACGUGU